UUGUUUUUCGUGGGGUUUUCCAAAACUCAUUAACAGAUAAUAUUUACGAAGAUGGAGUCUAAAACCAAACAACCAGUUUUUCCUUGGUACAGGGAAAGGUUGCAAGCAAAGUAUCUUAAAGCCCCGGAUAACAAGCUGUCAUCUAUCAGGUGUUGGCGUUUCACAAACACCAGUCUCUGCUCAUCAGUGACACCUGGGGUCUACACAGGAGUCUCACCUCUUAUUUUCCCGGGGACUCAAGAGCACAACUCCAGUCAAACGCCUAGAAAGAGCAUCUCUAAAGAGCAUGCCUGCUUCUCAAAGCAGAUGAUCCAGAAGCAGAUUCGCAGUACGUAUGUCGCUUCUGUAGAGGAAAAACUCAAGCAGCACCCUCUGGCUAUGUACCCUCACUAUAAGGAUCACCUGACUCCUGAAUUAUUUAAUCGGGUGGUGGCUGUUUUGGACCCAGAUUUGAGUGUGAGCAAUGCCUCUGCACUUCCUGCACCUUCAGAAGACCUCGCAGAGGAGGAGGUCAAAACAGGAAACAGCCAAACUUAAAAUGAUGAAUGCUUCUGAUGGUGCUCCUCCUUCAAGUCUGUUUGCCACCAAUUGUGCCCAUUCAAGCACACAGCAACUUCUCAGGUUUUUGUAUAAAAUCCCAACCAGGAAGGCUAUUCAUAUUUCCAAAGCAAGAACAAAAUUCAGUACAGAUCACAAAUAUAAGUGAAAUAUAAAUUUUGAUAUCUUUUACUUGGGGAGGAAAAAAACAGUUACGUGCAAAAAUAAACAAAUUCAAGAGUCUGGCAACAGGUCCAAGUAGCUGAACUAAAAUGUAAACAAGAGAUAGAAUGGGGACUUGGAUCUGGCACAGAUCUCAAGAAAACCCAUCGUCCUUUCCCGUCUAACGUAACAAACAGCUGGUUUCAUGGCAAGUAACACAAACCAUCAAGAGUGAAGAGGAUACAAAAUAUUUGGAUUUAAAGACCUCUGUGUGGUAGGUCCACAUCGUUUGUAUAUGGAAAAAGCUCAAGAGGAUACAAAGGACAAGGGUGUUUAAGUAUGACUUUAUUUCUAAAGAAUCUCCUUUUUUUGAAGAGUAAGAUAAAGAUCAAUAACAAGAGGUGUGUAUAUUUGUUAUCAUAUAAAGGAAAUAUGGAUAAUUAAGUAGUGCUUAUAAACAAAGGAUGGCAGAAGAUUUCCAGAGUCCCUAAAAGCAGCCGGAACUGUACUAGAUGUACUGUAUGGGCAGCAUGUGUCCCAACUACUUGAAUCACAGCUUUUAUUGUAAAUUUAUUAUAAAUCUAUG